AUGAAAAAAGAAAAAGCAUCACAUCCUGAAGAAAGCAACGUACCAGAUCAAAUGUCUCUUAAAAGGGACAAAAAGCAAAUUGAAGCCCUAGUAUAUUCUUUAAAAAGAAAUAUACAUGAGUAUGAGGAAUUAAAAAAUAGAGCAGAAUAUUUUUUUUUCACUGAUAAUUUACUACAUCAAACUCUUUUCAAUUUGUGUAAAUUCAUACCUAAUGAUAAGGAUAUAUUAAACACUGAAAAAAAUAUUAAAAAUUAUAAUUCAGAAAUAUGUUUGGAAUUCAUAAAUUCGGAUACAAAUAGUUGGAGUAAUCAAACGAUGAUUGAUGAUAUAACAUUAAAUGAAAACAAGGAAAGUAAUAAAUCCAAUACACCUUUUUGUAAUAUAAGAGAAAAAGAAAAAAAAAAUACUUGUGUAGAAUGGCUAGGUUUUAUUAAUGAAGCAAAUGGAUAUGCGGCAACAAAAAUAUGUUCGCCUUUUGUUUCUCAUGAGUAUUAUACUUAUGCAAAUAGGAUUGUGUAUUUUUUAUUUCAAAAAACAAAUUAUUUAAAAAUAGAGGACUUUUUAAAUAACCACAAUUUCAUUAAUAAAAUUAUACCUAUGUACAUGAAAUGUAAAAACAAAUUAUGCGUAAAAUUAUCACACAUAAAUGGUUCAAAUGAUUUAUAUCUAUAG